AUGUUGAAGCUCAGUGCUGAACUCGACAAACAAGCUUGUCCAGUUUCUAGUUCGCUUCACACUACAAUGUGUGCAUCAACAGAAAUCAUAGAUCAGAGGCAUCAAACUUCUCAUGAGACAUCUUGUGAUAAUCAUGAUAAUUUACCCAAAGUUAUCAUGGGUGGAAAACCUGGUGCUCUACCAAACUCUCAGUUUUUAAAGAUAGAGGAUCCUGUCCGACGUAAAGUUCAAACUGCUUCUGUUAUUGGAAAGAACAACACAAGAGGUUUUGAGCUUUCUCCACCUGAGGUGGACAUGGGGGUACUUAAAGAAGGUCACACGUAUGUACAUUCGGUGAUAUUAAGGAACAUUGGUAUUGAUAGCUGUAGAUUCAAAGUACGACAACCUCCUCCAUCGACUGGUAUCAAAGUUUUAUUUAAUCAUGGUCCUAUUGCAGCAGGAAUGACGAGAAAACUAGACAUUGAAAUGUUUGCUGUAGCUGUUGGUGUAUCUGGAGAAAGUGGAGUUGGAUCUGUUGGUCAUCACAUUGAAAUAAUUGGCGAAAAUGAAAUUUUUAUCUUCCUGUAUCGCCAGUAUCCUUUAAUUUCAUGA